AUGUCCUCUUCUACAGCCACCACCGCACCACCAGCGACAACCCCAACAACCAUAACCUCCCCCUCCCCCUCCUCCUCCUCCCAACAGCCCAAGCCCAAGACCAAGCUCAAGCUCAAGAUCCGCCGAGCGGUAGCCCCAGCCGACGUGGCAGCCACGACGGCGCUCAUCAACGCGGCCUUCCGGGCCGACGACACGACCGACGUGUACCUGGGUGCGGAGCACGAGCGGAUCAGCCUGGCAACCGAGGAGAGCGUGCUGGGAAGCAUGACUGCUACGGAUAUUGCGGUGUUUGUUGGGGUCGUGUCCAAGGCUGCUGCCGUGGACUAUGAAGGGGAGGAGCUGGAGCACAAAGAGGAAGAAGAAGAGGAGAUUGUCGGGCACUUCUGGCUGCAGAAAAAAUCCGACACCUUGGCCUGGCUGGCCCUCCUGGCCGUCUCUGUCAAGGGCCAAGGGCAAGGCUGGGGCAGCCAGCUCGUCGCCCACGCGGAGCAGGUCGCGCGCGACGAGUGGAAGGCUCAGAGGCUCGAGUUUGACGUGGUCAACACGCGGUCCACGCUGAGGAGGUGGUACGAGAAGAGGGGGUUUGUGCCGACGGGCAGGGCCAAGCCGUUUGCGUACGAGCUGCACCCGGACUGGGAGGGUGUGCUGAGGGCGGAUCUUGAGUUUCUCUACUACGGCAAGGAUCUUUGA